AUGGCAGCCCCCAAAGACCAGCACAGAUACCGAUCCGUGGACCCCCAAACCCGGCCUUCACGCCCUGUCCGGCAACCCGCUUCUCCGCGGCUCCCCAAAGGGGUGGAUGAUAUUCGGCAGACAAAGGAGUACAAGGCUGCUGCACGGAGAUGGACAACGACUAUUGUCGGACUACCCAUUUUAAUGUACACAUCGUGGGUUCUUUAUGAGCGAAUCUAUGGUGGCAAGAGUGCCAAGCGGCUUGGAGAUCUGGCAAAGAAGGACUGA